AAGGCGUAAACAGAGUAAUACAGUCUACCGAGCAGUCAUUGGACUAAAGAUCUGUAAUUGAGGCGUUAUUAAUGAUAUCUAAAACUGCUAACCGCUUAUCAGUUACCAAUAAGUUCUUUUUCGCGUUUUAGUUUAGGGAACUGUAAUUUAUUGUUAAAGUAUGGAUGUACUUAUAACUGAAAAGAAUCGUUAACGUGUUCUCUAAAAUCACAGUGCUGAGAUUUUUUUUUUCACUGUAAAAAAUAACAGUUCUGUUAGGCCUAUUUAGAUUCCCAUCAUGCUAUUAUGUUGAGUGUUGUCUGUUCACUGUUGUGUUGUGUUGUGGUUAAGACUUUUACGAGGUGUUGAGAGCGGUAUUUGAGAGGGUUGUACUUAUGAUCAGAAAUUUAAUGAGCAGCUCAAGUAAAACAACUUCUCCUAUUUGGGCAAAGGAAAUGUCAACCAAGAGAAACCAGCCAUACUAUUAUAACAUCAUAACCAAAGAGUCAGUGUGGGAGAAACCAGAAGGCUGUGAAAUAAUAGAUAAGACCCAACAGACACCUGUGAAAGAAGAUAUAGUACAACCAUCGGAAGAGGAUUCCGAUAAUGAUGAUCUGGUGAAGUAUGUUAAAAAUCCAGAAGCAAUAAAAAACACAGUAAAUUUAAGUCAAAUGGCGAGGAAUAUUUUAGAGGAAAUGGUAGAAAUGAAGAGAAAAGAGUUAAAUUUAAAAAAAGCAAAGAACCAAAAUAACAAAGAUGAAGAAAGUAAAGUUCAUAAAAAAGCUACCACUGAUGAAGUUGAACCCCGUUGCUCAAGAGAUAACCGAAGAGGCGGCGUAGUUAUCUUGGCCAAAGAGAGUUUAAAGAUGAAACAGCUGGUUUCCACAAAAAUAGAUGUACUUUGUCAAGAUAAGUUGUUUGAAUGCUCUAGUGCUAGAUUUGAAACAGACAAGCUUAGCUUUUUAUUGGUAGGAAUAUACAAAACCCCACAAUUCGAAAAUUCAGAGUUUUUAAUUCGCCUCAAUAACUUGUUUGAAUUUUUAAUAUCUAAAGGAAAGUAUGUCAUCAUCAUGGGUGAUUUCAAUAUUGACAUCCUUAAAAAUACAAAUGAAUCAAAAGAGCUAAAGAAUAUUCUUUUAAGAAAUGGAAUGAAGUAUUUAAUUGACUUCCCAACUAGAGUCACUGCCACGUCUAAGACAUGUAUUGGUAAUAUAAUAACUAAUAUAAGUAUGGAUCAGUUAAAAGUUGAAGGAGUGGUAACUGCACUAUCAGAUCACGAUGGACAAAUAAUAGAACUAAUGAAUUUUCAAAAACAAUACAAAUAA